AAAACACGGACAAUUGAUGAUGCUGUUGGCCACCUUAUCUAAUUGAACAUCCAACGAGAAUGUCACUCCAAGAGUUUCUGUUAUUUACGCCAGAGGCGUUUGUCGUUACAAAUAGUAUACAAUCAUCAGCUUCAUAUCAAACUCUAAAGUUCUCUUAUACAGGAGGAUUUUGGUACAAUGUGCUCAUAUACGCGGCUAUGUUUGUCCUUCUCACCACUGGCUACAGCGUACAGUUAUUCCAAAAAUUGAUACCAACACUAAAAGUGGCCCAAGACAAGGAUAUUGGAAACUUUAUCUGCCAGGUCACUGGAACAGUGAACUGUUUCUACAUUUCGCUAACUUCAGUUGUUGCCAUUUGGAAACUCUACUACACGGGGAACUUCGUGGAUGGAGUCUCCCUCUUUACCUCAAUCUGCCAGAUGAUGAUUGGCUACCUCUUGGUGGAUACAGUCUACAAAAUCCUCUACACAGGCCAGUCGCCCAUGUGGGUUCUGGGUCACCACGUUGCCGCUUUCGCCGUCACCAUUCUGGCUGCCUUGGACUCGAACUACCUAAUGGAGAAAUACCUCCUUUGUCUGAUGGAGUGUAGCAAUCCAUUCAUAAACAUGAGAAUCGUCCUCUCAAUUCUCAGCUACUCUAAGAAUACUGUUGUCUACAAAGCGAACGGGCUGCUCAUGACGGGUUCAUUUCUAGUCGCGAGGGUUCUCCCCUCCUUUUACUUUAUUCCAAGAGGCCUCUUCAUUCUAACGUAUAUGGACAACUACAAGUAUUUCCAAGCUGUCAUGUUCUUGUGCUACUUAGUUAUCAGUGCGAUGAAUUUCUACUGGUUCUACAGAAUGGUGCGGGGAAUAUAUGUAGCACUAAGAAAAGGCAAAAUAGAGUAGAUCUUAAACAUCCCAACCAAAUCAGGUCAAAUGCAGUAAUUAAUAAUUUUCAGCGUAUAAAUUAUAUCGAAGUCUGUGUGAUGAUAUAUCUGGUCAUUACAAAAUUGAAAAUACUUCAACCCUAAAAGUUCAAGUUAGUCCACAGUCUUCAUUGAAUUUCGAAAGUUCUUAGAUGAAUGUACAGUUUAAACUGCUGUACCAAAAACAAAUAAAAAAGAUUACGCCCACGUGAUUUACAGCUAUAUUGAUUCUUCUGGACUAACUAUAUAGAAUGGUAUCAAUUGAAAAAGCACAAAUUACUUUGCACAUGAAUUAAAAUUGGACCAGACUCUUGCUGUAACUGAUAAUGAUAAAUCUUGUCGACGAGUUUUGUUACGUUCAGAAUUGUACAAAUGAGGCUAUCAUUUUCAUGUGCUAGAAAAAAGCAAGACGGCUUGCGUAAAACCAUGAUUCUAACUCUCUUAUAUACCAAUAUGUGAGUUUCAUCGUGAAAUCGCGUUGUUUUUUUUUGCAUGGCCAUGUUGAAAUUCAUCAAUUGAAUCGAUAAAAGUGUAAUGAUUUUUGGCAGAGUGCUUUCAGUUUGCUAACCAAGUCUUGUAUGAAGUAGGUACCGGUGUCUCUGCCAGGAUCUCCGAAGCAAUUAGUGUCCAUGGUUUUUCUCGGCUGAUCAAAAAUUACAUGGAAACGCGUCAGCCUAUUUUGUCUGUUCUGUACAGCUAUGAGAAGCAGCCAAAACAGCAAAGGUUGAGUAGUCAUGAUCUAUUCCAGCACUGAUUUUACAUGGACUGCUUUUUCCAGUGCGAGUCAUGCCAAUAAAAAGCGUUUUUCUGCGCUUAUUACCAGCUAGAUCCCCAACCAGCUGUGGCCACCCGUUUCCAGUUGUAGUAUUCUAGUUUGCCUGUUUCCGUACAGCACCCGUGCUAGCAGACAGUCCGGC